GGGCCUAUGACAUAUUCUUUUGUAAAGUAACAGCACCGAAAGAAAGAUGUGUCGACCUGUAUGGUCAGCGACACUAUUGUUCUCAUGGUGGUCUACCUCAGUUCCCCACUAAAUCAGAAAUCCAAAGACGGAUAACAUUUGGUUAUUUUGUAUCACACAUUUCACACUAGUCUAGCUCAAACCAGUACAAGAAAUGAUAAUUUCCUCAUCCACUGCCAUGGCGAAAUUCCCUCACAUCUCAUGCUUAUUGCUUCUCUUCACAUUGUCAUCUCUUCUAGGCACAUUCGCAGCCCGCAGACUCUCACUAAAAGAAGCCACCAUAGACGAUCUCCAGCUCGCUUUCAAGCACAACCAACUCACCUCGAGGCAACUUGUUCAAUAUUACCUUGCCCAAAUCCGAAAAUUGAACCCGGUUCUCAAAGGAGUCCUAGAAGUCAAUCCAGAUGCGCUUCACCUUGCCGACAAGGCUGACUACGAGCGCAGGACCAAGGCACCAGUGUCACUACUCUCUAAGUUGCAUGGCAUUCCUAUUCUGAUCAAGGACAACAUUGCAACCAAGGAUAAGAUGAACACCACCGCCGGCUCUUUUGCGCUGUUUGGAUCUGUCGUGCCUCGUGAUGCCGGCGUGGUGGAGAAGUUGCGGAAAGCAGGGGCUAUCAUUUUGGGAAAGGCUAGCUUGAGCGAGUGGUCACAUUUUAGGUCUACUAAAACCCCCUCUGGUUGGAGCGCCAGAGGCGGUUAUGGCUUGAACCCUUACACAUUCUCAGACCCUUGCGGCUCAAGCAGCGGUUCAGCAAUAUCAGUGGCAGCAAAUCUGGCAGCGGUGUCAUUAGGUACCGAGACAAGUGGUUCAAUCUUAUGUCCAUCAAGUUUGAACUCAGUUGUGGGCCUCAAACCAACAAUCGGUCUUACUAGUCGAGCAGGGGUUGUCCCAAUUUCUCUAAGACAGGAUACUGUUGGGCCAAUUUGUAGGACAGUAGCAGAUGCUGCUUAUGUUCUUGAUGCCAUAGCAGGGAUCGACCACAAUGACAUUGCAACAAUUGAGACAUCAAAGUACAUUCCCAAAGGUGGUUAUGCACAGUUUCUCAGGCGCGACGGACUUAGUGGAAAAAGAAUAGGGAUAUUCGGAGCCUUCCAUGACUUUGGCAAUGACACUUCCUUGGCUCAAACUUUUGAGAAACAUCUCAACACUCUGAGGAAAGGAGGAGCUGUUUUGGUAGACAAAUUGGAAAUUGCUAAUUUGACUGAAAUCUAUUCUAGAAGCGAUGAAUAUGCUGCAUUGUAUAUUGAGUGCAAAAUAACCUUAAAUGCAUACUUGAAGGAGUUGGUGGCUUCCCCGGUGCGAUCCUUGGCAGAUGUUAUAGCCUUCAACAAGAAACACCAGAAACUGGAAAAGAUCAAGGAGUAUGGGCAAGACCUAUUUUUAGCAGCUGAAGCAACAAAUGGGUUUGGAAAAACAGAGAAGCUGGCAUUGUUGAAUCUUGCAAGGUGGACAAGAAAUGGUCUUGUGAAAUUGGUGACAAAGAAGAAGCUAGAUGUUGUGGUGUCUCCUUACGCAAGUUUGUCACGUGUACUUGCAAUUGGGAGAGCCCCAGGUCUAAUAGUUCCAGCUGGAUACGAAAACAAUGAGGAACCAGCUGGUAUAUGCUUUGGUGGACUUCGGGGUUCAGAGCCAAAGCUAAUCGAGAUUGCAUAUGCUUUUGAGCAAGCCACUAAGAUUAGGAAGCCUCCUUCAUUGAAAGGCUUCAAGUUUUAGAACAACAUUGUAUUACUCGGAGAAUGCAGUGUGUUAUGAGAAGAGCUAGCAGUACUAGAAAAAUGGAGUUAUGUCUCUGCUCCUAAAUUCUAUAGUAAAUCAAUAAGACUUUUAAAUAAGAAAAGAAUGAGAUAAAGACCAAUGACCAGUUAACAUACACACUUCACUAACAGAUGAUCAAUGGUUUCAGCGUUUAGCUGACACAAAAGACAGACUCACAGACCCUAGUAAACUCUUAACCACAACAAGAAAAAAUGGUCAAGUUGAGAAUACCAUCGGCGGCUGUUGGAAAAUAAACCAAGCCUUGAUUAAAUAAUUGUCUCCCAUUUAAUAGUUAUUUAGUUAAGUGUUUUAGUUUGGUCUGGAGUGUUCUAGGAUGAGUGUUCUAGUAUGUUGUCUUUUUGGCUUCAGAGCCACUUUUGCUU